UCUGGCGUUACUGCUUCCGACUCUGGUUCGUGCGGAAUGUAAGAAAAGACUCGGUGACAUGGACACUAGAUUGUCAUCAUACAACAACGUGAUGAUAGAGGGCGUAACAGGAUGUGGACAGAUAUGUGCCCUGGAUGGGCGUUGUGUUGCCAUUAAUUACCAUCCUGGAACACUUACAUGUGAAAUGGUUGAGGCAGGCGCCGCAGUGGCCAAUGAUACUCUAGGGUGGACACACAUAUCAAAUCUGGCCUUCGUUUCUCAUAUGAUUGGCUCCUGUUCUGGAGAGAGCGUGUCGGAAAACUUUGCGUGUGUUAAACUAACCAGUGGAAGCCAUACCGUCGUCAUCAAAUACUGUCCCCCUUUACCACCUAUUGCCUACGGUACGGUUCCAGUCGAACAACGUGAGGUUGGAGUUACAGUGAUGUAUUCGUGCGACACUGGCUACGUCGGGUUUGGAGAAGCCAGUAGGACGUGUGGCGCCGAUGGGCAGUGGAAAGGUUCCACUUUCGAGUGUCGGGACUGCGGUGCACCGCCAGACGUCACUUCCGGUGUCGUCCUAUCCGGAAACAACACUGUAGGAAGCAAAAGAUUCUAUCUGUGUGGUACCCUUACCUCUCCGGACGUGAACGCCUUUGUCACGUGUCAAACCAACGGACAUUGGUCAACUCCAGGAUUUGUAUGUGUGGAUGAUACUAAUGAUGUCCUUCCUCCAUCCAACAACAACGAACCUCCUCUUACUAAUCUACAUGUAUCUGAUACGGCUGAGGGGUGGCCUAUUGCCUCAGCCUCUGGUCGAUUAAAGAGACAGCAGUGGGUGAAGGAGAACGUGAUCUUUACAGAUGAGUGUUCUUAUUACUCGGGUAUUCCCUUGCGAAAUGAGCUUCGGUACCACACUGAACACAUCCACGAGCUCUCAUUGGUGAAGAGGUUGGAGACCGGGGCUUGUUCUGCUGUUGAACUAGAUUAA